UGUUUUCUGAUAGAGUUAUCAUCAUUUUUCUGAAGCCUUUGAAAAAGUCACAUUUGUAAUAUAACGUCCCAAAUGAUGAUAACUCUAUCAGAAAACAUGGCGAAGAGCUGAGAGCCAUCUCAUUUUGUAGAGAAAUCUUUACGCUACAAGAAUGACUGUUUCAAAAGUUUAUCAAGUAAUGAAUGAAAGUAAAAAUAUAUUUUCAGCGUAAAGUAACAAACUUUACAAAAUUGGUAUCUCCACAAUGGAAGGCCUUGGAGAGUGGGAGUGGUCUUAUUUUGUAGGGGACACUUUACUCUAUAAUGCACAAUAUUUAACUCCAAAAUUAAAAUAAAUUCUACAAUAAUGAGGGGUUACCUUAAAUUUUCUCGGAUGGUACACAUUAGAAUUCAACAAUAUAUACACCACUAGAUAGAGGAAGUCUUUCUCUACAAACCUACAUAUAUCUCGUUCUGUAGUGAAAAAUCACCGUGAAAUUUAUAGUCACCUGUUUCAUAUAAAAAAAUGCGUUGGGUUAUCUGAGUAUAACUCCUAUGCCAACCGAAAGAGAAUAUAAGAUUCGAAUGUUAUCAAAACAGUGACAUUGUAAACAUUUUGUUAAGUUUCUUCCUUCAAGAAUUUUAGGGUUAUUUCAACAAGUAACUGACAGACCCUGUUGAAAUUAUACUUGUUGUUUCUUCUUUCGUUCUCUACUCUAUCAUUGUCAACCUUCAACAACCCUUUCUUUUCUCUUCUUGAUAAAAUAUUUUUUUAUGUUAGUUCAUGUUAAUAGUUUCUGUAUUAUGCUGUUAGUUGUUGUCUGAAUCGAACACAAAUUGUAUCCGUUACAAUUUCAUCAUCGUGGCCAGGUUCACUUGUGUCCAUUGAUGAUGAAUUACGACAUCGUGCACAUGGAUCAUUCAUUGUUAAACCAUACUAUAAACCAGGAAAAAAAGGAAUUGUCGGCAUUAUGAGUCAUGAAAAGAGCGAAAUGCAUAAAAAAUCAAUUGAUAUCUCAAACGGACAAUUAACAAGAAAUGAUAAUAAUACCGUCGCUGCAAUCCUUAAUACAGUUAAUAUGAAAGAUACAACCAAAGUUUAUUUAUGUACACUAGCACGAACAUUUUUAUUCGUAUUAAGUCAAGAAUUUGCAUUCUUUGGUUUUGAAGAUUUCGUUAAACUUCAAGCAUCGAAUUUGUCAAAACUAAUUACUACCUGGUUGCCAGUAGCUAACAACAAAAAAUUAUAUUGGAGUGGUGAAAGUCGAUCAGAAUGGUUAUUAUGUAUAAAAUCAUGGAUUUGA